GCUGCGGCUGUGGCUGACUUCUGUCCCUAGUGGCUCCUCAGAGUUCCUUGAUCAGACUGUAGAAAUACUCGCGUUGACACUUCCGCGAACAUGGCGGCAAGCGCUCGGAGAGCGGCUCUAAUCGCGAUUUGGGGCAACCGUCUGCGAAAUGGGUUUGCCUUGGGCCGAAGGGCGCUUCCCCGACCUGGUCCUUUGGCUGUGGCUGUGGCGGGGGCUGCGCUGGCAGGAGUAGGAGCGGUCUGGUAUAAGGGACGCCUAGACCUGCCGACUGGGGAUUUCCUGACAGUUUUUGCGCUGCAGAAAAAUGACAAUAAUGAGGUGACAGAAAAACUGUCUAUUCGAAAGAAGCGCUUCAUGCAAUUUUCCUCACUGGAAUAUCAAGGAGAAUAUUAUAUGACACCCAGAGACUUCUUAUAUUCAAUAAUAUUUGAUCAAAUAGAGCAUAAAGCCUCAAUUAAGCAACUAACAAAACAGUCUAUAAAAGAUGCACUGGAUGAAGUAAAAAGGAUUAAAGGUGGAUCAACCUUUUUUAGAGAUCUUGGUGACAAAGGACUGAUUUCAUAUACUGAAUAUCUAUUUUUGCUAACAGUUAUCAUCAAACCCCAGACUGGGUUUCAUGUUGCUUUUAAAAUGUUGGACACAGAUGGAGAUGAGACAGUUGAGAAAAAGGAAUUCUUUAAGCUUCAGAAGAUUAUUAGUAAAAAAGAAGAACUGAGGAGAGCUCCAGUUGCUGAAACAAUACACCAGAAGUUAAAAGAGGAAGAUUCUGGAAUUAAUACCACUCUUCAGGUAUAUUUCUUUGGAAAGGAAGGAAAAAAGAAACUUCAGUAUAAAGAAUUUCGAAGAUUUAUGGAAAAUUUACAAGCAGAGAUACAAGAAAUGGAAUUCCUACAGUUUUCAAAAGGUUUGAACUUCAUGAGAAAAGAAGAUUUUGCAGAAUGGUUGCUCUUUUUCACAGACACUAGCAACAAAGAUAUUUACUGGCAAAAUGUGACACAGAGGUUGUCAGCAGGAGAGAAUAUUAGUUUGGAUGAAUUCAAGUCAUUUUGCCACUUUACAACCCACUUGGAAGACUUUUCAAUCACAAUGGAAAUGUUUAGUUUAGCUCAUCGUCCUGUCAAACUAGCGGAAUUUAAGAGAGCUGUGAAAGUGGCGACAGGCCAGGAGCUCUCAGACAAUAUUUUGGACACCGUCUUCAAGAUCUUUGAUUUAGAUGGUGAUGAAUGCCUCAGCCAUGGAGAGUUUCUUGGGGUCUUAAAGAACAGGAUCCAUCGAGGCUUAUUGGAACCACAAGAGCCAAGCAUGGAAGAAUACUGGAAAUGUGUGAAAAGAGAAAGCCUCAAAGGACUAAAAGAAGUUUGGAAACAGGCUGGAAAAAACUAUUUCUAAAAAAAAAAAAAAUAGGAAGUGGGAGUUACAAUGCUUCAGAUAGCCAGAUGUUAUAUUUUUUAAGUGCCUGGUGUUUAUGUUCUUCUUAAGUCCUUUUCAUUAAUUUGUUUGUAAGAGGCUUGCUUUCUAAUUUUAUAAAACUAAGGAAGUUUCAUCAAGGAAAUCUUUUUUUCCUUUUAUUAGGAAAUCCCGGAAGUGUACACAAAUGGAUUUUGGACCCUUGUGAAAUUCUAAUCUAGGGUUGAAAUUAUAUUUUCUAUUCUGAAGCAGGAUUAAAAACAUAAUAGUUUUACUGUCCUCUAAUUUUGUCAGUUUCAGUAGUUUAAUUGGCAGCAAGAGAAGUACCUAUGGACAUAAGUUUAUAUUUAGUAUCACACUCCAAAAACAUACAAUCCAAAAUUAAAAGAUUGAGUCUGAAGAUCAGUAAAAAUUUUCUAGAUCCUAUCUUGGGGAUUUCUUGUAUUUUUUAUUUCUGUUCUUGGUCUGAAUAUAAGUUAUCUUAAUACAUUGAUUAAAAAAUAAGUAUUUGAACUAGAUUCAUAAUAAAGUAUUUAUCAAAAA